UGACACUAAUGAGAAUGUAUCCAUCAUUGCGUAAAACAAUAUGUAAAAAGUGAUGGAAUCAUUUGUGUACAUGUGAUGUUGCAUCGCCCUUGCACUUAUGAGAAAAAGUUUCCCAAUAAAAGUUUCUUAGUGUGGACCAGAUUAUUUUCGACUUUGGCCAUGAGUAGCCGUAAAUGUAUUAUGGGAUGUCAAAAGGAAAUUGGACAAAAACUUCAUAACUUUCCUGCUUCCGGUAAAAGGCGUGCUGAAUGGUGUCGAAUUUUGGGUAUAUAUCCAAGGUCAAGAACUGUAAAAAUAUGUAGUGCUCAUUUUUCUAACCAUGAGUUGGCUGGCAAUCGAAUAAAUAAGUUUACAUUACCAAAUCCUCCCGCAUAUAACACAACUCAAACACAAAGUUUGUUUCAAAUUCCGAAUUAUCAAAAGAAACAAUCUACAGAUGCAGCAGAUAAUAUUAUAACAAUAUUUCCAAAUGAACUUAAUUUCCAAACAGCUGAAGACGUUAAUGAAAUUAUUGAAACGGAUACAACUGGGGAGCAAUUGAUAGAAGAAACCUCACUAGAGAACAAUAAUGACAGUGAAAAUAAUGUUAAAGACUUUGAAAUACGUAAGGGCAAUACAAAUGAUAUGAUAAUUAAGGGGCGUUACGUUCAAACCAAAGAUUAUUUAGUUGUUACCUAUACCCCGCCCCGCAAGUGGACUCUGCAAGAGCAAGUCGAUUUAUUGGAUAAACAAUGUGAACAACAAUUAAGGCAAAUACGACAUCUUAAUAAACAAAACUAUCGCUUGCACAUAGAAUUGAAAAAAUAUGAAAAACUAUUACCGAAAUUGAGAUAUUUGCAGGCAAAAGCUUCCUAUUUUUGCUCACAACUCAAAAAAUGUAAACAAGAGAGAAACUUGUUGAGGAAGCGAAAUAACACACUAAAGAACGAGUAACGGCAAGAUAAUGUAAAAUCAUAUUGUUGCUUAAGUUAAAUAAAUUAUUUGAAAUAUUUAUAGUUGUUUAAAA